UUGCUGGAAACAGGCUGCUGAUGGAUAAACCACAUCAUGACGGUUCCUCACUCUCAAGGAGUCAAUCUGAUGUGGCUCGAAUGUUUAGUCCUUUUGGAGAUCAGAUAGAGGAUAAAUUGAUUGUUUCUGAGUUGAGGAGAACUGCUUCAAGCAACAAACCAAAUGGCACACCAAUGAAGAAGCUUAUUGCUCAAGAAAUGUCGAAGGAAAUGGACUUCAAGCAUAGCCCUCCCAAUUUGGUUGCGAAGUUAAUGGGUCUUGACACACUCCCGCUGCAGCAACCUAAUUCAGCUGCUCAUAGAAGCUCCUUAAAAGGUUAUUCACGAUGUUCUUUAAGUCAUUCGGGGAUGUCAGCGGAGUACUGGGAGCAAGAUAAUAGCAUUAUGGACAAGCAAAUGCAAACAGAAGCUUACAAAUGUCAAGAGCAUAACACAUAUAAAGAUGUCUAUGAAAUCUGGCAGCACUCUGCAAAAACAAAUUAUGCAAGAGAUAAUUCUCCAAGAAAAGGAAGGUAUACUGAAAACAUAAAUGAAAAAAGGAUGGCUUUCGUUCGUCAGAAGUUCAUAGAAGCAAAACGUCUGUCUACAGAUGAAAAACUCCGCAAGUCUAAGGAGUUCCAAGAUGCUUUGGAAGUUUUGAGUUCCAACAGAGAUCUACUACUCAAGAUUUUGCAGGAACCAAAUUCCAUGUUCUCUCAGCAUAUGUACGAGUUGCAGUCCAUUCCUCCACCUCCUGAGACAAAGCGCAUUACUGUUCUAAGACCUUCUAAGGUGGUUGAUAAUGAAAAAUUUGCUGUCAGAGGGAAGAAGAGUGAUAAACAGGCAAAGAAACCAGUCCAAGUGGUCCCGACAACCGGUUGGGAUGGCAACAAUCCUGGAUGUUCUCCUCCUUUGCCCAAUCAGAGAGUUGAAGAAUUUCCUACACAACCAACACGAAUAGUUGUAUUGAAACCUAGUCCAGCUAAGACUCAUGAUAUAAAGACUGUAGUUCCUACGUCUCCCUCAUCUUCUGCAGUUUUACCUGUUGAAGGCUAUUACGAGGAACAAGAAGAUGAUGAGGCAAGAGAAUCAAGAGAGGUGGCAAAGGAAAUUACACGACAGAUGCGUGAAAAUCUGAUGGGUCACGAAAGGGAUGAAACUCUUAUAUCUUCUGUCUUUUCCAAUGGCUAUAUUGGAGAUGAUAGUUCAUGUAACAAAUCAGAAAAUGAAUAUGAGGCAGGAAAUCUCAGUGAUUCAGAAGUCAUGUCACCAACAUCUAGGCAUUCGUGGGGUUAUGUCAAUAGGUUUGAUAGUCCUUAUUCUUCUUGCUCCUUCAGCCAUGCAUCAUGUUCUCCAGAGUCAUCAGUUUGCAGAGAGGCAAAGAAGCGGCUAUCUGAAAGAUGGGCUUUAAUGACGUCAAAUGGGAAUUUUCAGGAGCAGAAACAUGUCCGGAGAAGCUCUAGUACACUGGGAGAGAUGCUUGCACUUUCAGAUAUAAAGAGGCCAGUGAGAUUGGAGGAAGAGAUUAGCAAUAAGGAACAAGAGACAAAAAGGUCGACAUCAUGCUCAACUAGUAAUAUGAUUAAGGAAGAAGAUGUAAAUGAUUCUCCUAAAAAUCUUCUGAGAUCAAAGUCAGUCCCUGUAUCUUCCACGGUGUAUGGAGCUCGGCUCAAUGUUGAAAUUUCUGAUCAUGAAUCUGGCAAAAUACUAGUUCCUGAGGAGCUGACAAAGGCUAAGAACACAAAAUCAUCUUUUAAAGGGAAAGUUUCAAGUCUAUUUUUCUCCAGGAAUAAGAAAUCAAAUAAAGAAAAAUCUACGGCAUCUGAAUCUAGAGAUGAAACUCAAUUGAAAGCCCCUGGUUCUCCUGUAACUUGUGCAGCAAAAACUGGUGAUUAUGCAACCCAGUGUGCUAACUCUGGUGGCCUUGAAGAAUGCUUGUCUCCUGGUCUGCAUGGAUCAUCAAGCAAAAUGUCCUCCCCGGAUUUAAUUGGCACAGGAUGGAAACAGAACAUAGUUUCUCGAGAGGCAGGGUUGUUGACAAAGCCUGUUUUAUCUGGAAAUGCAAGUGAGAAUCACGACCAGCCAAGCCCAAUCUCAGUUCUGGAGGUGUCGUUCGAAGAAGAUGACAACACAGUUCCAGAGUCUUCUGGUAAUACCAAACCAGAUCUCGGGGUAAUGGAGUUGCCUCUGAGAUCUAACUUGAUUGACAAAUCACCACCGAUAGAAUCGGUUGCCCGGACCUUGUCAUGGGAUGAUUCACGUAUGGAGAUAGCUACUCCGUAUUCCAUGAAACCGUCAUCAGCUUCCAAAGAUGCUGAUGAAGAACAGGAUUGGCUUCUUUUUGUCAAGAAGCUACUAUCGGCAGCCGGUCUUGACGGUGAAAUUAACUUUGAUUCAUUUCUAACCAGGUGGCACUCAACAAGAAGUCCGUUAGAUCCAUCAUUGAUAGACCGGUAUGCCAGCCUGAAUGAGAAAGUAGCUUUGCACGGGGCAAAACGAAGACAAUGGAGGUCAAACCAAAAGCUUGCGUUCGACUGUGUCAAUGCAGCAUUAGCGGCACUCACAGGUUAUCAGGCAGACAGGAGCACAAGGUCCUUGUCAUGUAGUGGGACCCAGACCAGGCUCGCAGACAAUACAUUACCAGCACUGGUGGAGCAUGUGUGGGCCCAAAUGAAAGACUGGUUUUCAGGCGAGUUGAAGUAUGGUUUGGGUGACAGUGGGGACAGGAACAGCCUGGUGGUGGACAGUGUAGUGAGGAAGGAGGUGGUAGGUAAAGGGUGGGCAGAGAGCUUGGAAAUAGAAACUGAUAACCUGGGAAAGGAAAUAGAGGGGAAGUUGCUGGAGGAGCUUCUGGAAGAGGCUGUAGUUGAUUUAACAAGCAGGGUUUGAAUGUGAUGAAAUGCUUUCUUUCCCUCUACUAUUUAUUAUUUGUGUAUCUUUGUGUUCGAUGUCAACAGUGAGGGUUUUGCCCACCUUAAUUUGUUUUGACCAUGCAAUUGAUUAAAUUAGUAUUUUCUUGAUAA